AUGGGUUUCAGGAUCUAUCGAUCACACAAUGAGGGGAUCACACUGACCAUUAUCAUAGGCAGAUCAGCGCGUCCAGGUCGAAGGACUAAGUCAAUUCUCUCGGAGAACCCACGAAAUCGGCCGACUGGAAAGCCAGUCAGGCCGUCCCGACCGACCAAGAGUCCAGUAUCAAAACCCAAGCACCAAGCUAACCCAACGCAUACCAACAAGAAAAUUGCACGCCCUUUAUUUGCCGCUAACGACGCUGGGUUCGCUCAAUUCUUGAAGAACCACACCUCCCCAAAGCACCAGAGAGUCACAGCUGGAGGGAGAAUUGUUCCCAUGGAGCCAGCAAGCCCACCUCGUCUUAAUGGCCCAUUGCCUGGCUCGAGAGAAGCAAUGGAUGAUGACGAAGUUCUCGUUCAAUCUGGCUAUCAUGAUGAUGGAAUUGUUGUUGGCCAUCCCACCAGAGAUAUGCGUGAGAACGCGUUAACCAUGCGAUCCUCCAUUGAAUUUGGGGAUGCAUGCCCCGAGCAAUUGCCACCCGCGAUCCUGUUUGGGACACCCCAAACCCAGGAGGAGGCCCAGGAACGGGCUUUUGCUUUUGCCGAAUUGAUGAGGUUGGAUCCUACAGAAUCCGAAUGGACGGUGCAACAACCCUUCCGUGAAUCCGAGCCGGAAUCUGAUAGUCAAUCUCCAAAUAGAGCGGAGGGAGGCUUUCCCGAUGAGAUCACAGUCGACAUUUUUGAUACCGAAGCCCUUGUGGUACGAUGGACUUUGUUUGCAAGGAUAAUUGCGCAUGAUGAUACCUCAAUCAACAUGAUGAUGGCGCUGGUUGAUAGACCUGGCCUUUUCCCAAACAUCGAUUACUAUCGCCGGUUUGUCAAAUGUGCAUGGCUCGCGGGUACUAUUCUUGCGGCUGAAGCCGAAUGGCAGCUGCAGAGUAAGCUUCUGGCCCAUGAAAGAUAUCUCAGGGAGGUUAAUGAAUUCAUCGCACUAAAUCCACAAGCAACACCUGGCGAUUGGUCUUAUGAUCUACGUGUUUGGAAUACCACAGAGCGAGCGAGGGUACUUAACGCCUUGGAUGAACUUGAAUUGCUUAGACAGAGUGUAGUUACACCUAUUGUGAACACUCCCACCAUCAAUCCAAGUCCCCGGAGUCUACAAAGCCCCGUUCGCCAUGAGACAAAUGAAAAUGGCAGUUCAGGCAAUGAAACGUCGGUUACCGGUAGUACUGAGACUGACCGUGCCAACAUCCAUCGUGGAGUUCCAAUCAUUGACCCACACACUGGCCAUCCAAUCGAAUUCCAGAGGCAAAUAUUGACAGCAACAAACAAUGCUAGGAGCAGGGAUGUGUUUAGAAACUCUGGGCUUCUGCAUCAAAAUGAUCAAACAGCUGACAAUAUGCCGGCGGGGGGCGAUGUUUCGCUCUUUGACGCGACCAGCCCACGAGCAACCCAACCAUCCGUGGAAGAGACGCAUUCUGAGCCGACAGACAAUGAUACCACAUCCUGGAUCCCCCAGGAGACAUGGACGCAGCCUGGCCCAAGAGAUAGAGGCCUCAUCAGCAACACCGUGCCUCGAAACUUCGGCCGCAAUGGCCAGAAUACCAGGUCACCACUGCGAUCAAUCACCGAAAUAGACCAAGAAGGUCUCAGUGUUGAAUCAGCAAGCACAGUGGCAACCGACGGAGCUCGUACACCUAGCACUAACCGCAGCAAUGAGGAUGAACCGUACAACACUUCGGAAGAUAAUCUGCCUCAAAUUGAGCAACAGAUUGUUCAGAACGAAUCACUUGAUGAACUUGUGGGUAACCCAAAUGACGAGCAACAGAGUAGUAAAAGAAGCUUCACGGCUUCGCUCGAGUCUGAAACGCACGCUAUAACAGAAAGCAAUGAACCUGAGAUUGACCAACAUAUUCUUCACAGUGAAUCUAUCGGUGAACCCGUUUGGGGUGGUCUGGAUGAGCGGCAAGAUAUGACUAGAAGAUUACGGCUCUCCUCCCUCGAGUAUGGGAGUGAUUUGCUCGAAUAUGGAAUUGCGUCUGAGAGUGGACCGGUCCGUUCGCCAGAAGAAAUUGCAUCUCAGGUUGGACAAGACUUCAAUCCAAGUGCCUUCGCCAAUUUCCCUGGUCUAGAUGGCUCCAACGAAGAACGACAGAGGACAGGAGACAGAUCUUUCGCAGUAUUUGAGUUUGGGGAUUACCAAGGAGAUUCCAUCGAUAUGCUUCAGGUUGAUGUUCAGGACAACCGGCAACAGGAAGAGUCUGUGGAACAGAAAGGGGGCUCAUUAGCAGAAAGUUCACAAGAGGAUACGGGCCGCAGUCCGGAGACAUUACGCAGUACAAGCAUCACUUUGACAAUGGAUGGUUCCAGGAAAGAUGGUCCAUAUCGGACGAUUGAUGCUCCUUUAUUGUCCCGGAAUAGCCCUGCUCGCGCUGUCUCCAGAUCGAAUUCCCGAAAUAGGCAUGAUGCGCCAGUAGGAAGUCUUAGCGCCAACGGGUCACCUAUGAUUUCAUCAAGCUUGCAAGCUCGUUGGAGGCGGGAUGCACGCAUAAACAUUCGCAAUGCGCGUCGCUCGCGUAAGAACUCAUGGAGGUUGGAUAGCGCCUCGAGCGAUGAAAUGCCCGCAACAAUCGCAAGGACUAUUCUCGGUUUUGAUGCACCGGACAGCCAGCAGAACACCCGUUUCUCGCCUGUUUAUUUACAGUUCAUUCAUGUUGAUGCUCAACAUACUGCACCGGCGAUUGUGAACACCAGCAAGAUACAUGCGCAUGCUGAACAUCGUUAA